ACAGAUACGUCAUUAUUGGUAGUCACCACAGCAGUUUGAAUACAUAUGGUGGACAAGAAUGGGCCAGUAGCACUGCUAUCAUCACAGCGUUUAUACAAGCCUUGAUGCUGAAGGUUAAGAAAGGCUGGAGACCUGAUCGGACCAUUGUUUUCUGCUCGUGGGGAGGAACUUCCUUUGGGAACAUUGGUUCAUAUGAAUGGGCGGAGGAUCUGAAGAGAGUUCUUCAAAGAAAUGUUGUGGCUUACGUUAGCCUCCAUAGUCCGGUCAGAGGCAACUCAACUUUAUACCCUGUUGCAUCCCCUUCUCUCCAGCAACUGGCAACAGAGAGCCAGAGCUUCAACUGUGUGGAAAAGACUAAAUGUUCAGGAUCUAAUGUGAGUUCUGUGCAGAUGCAGGGAGAUUCAGAUUAUUUCAUCAACCAUCUUGGAGUACCUGCCACGCAGUUUUCUUACGAGGACGUCAAAACAUCAGAGAAUUCUAGCUUUCUCUCAGAAGCUCUUUUUCCUGUACAUACAACAAAAACAGAAGAGCUGGAUCCCUCCUUUAGCCUGCAUGAGACCAUUGCAAAGCUAACAGGACAAGUGACUUUGCAAAUUGCCAAUGAACCGGUUUUGCCGUUUAAUGCCCUCGACGUCGCAUUAGAAGUUCAGAACAGUCUUAAAGGUGAUGAAGUAGAUGUUCCUCAGCUGCUUGCAGUGGCCUCACACCUGAGGGACACUGUGGAAUUGUUCCAAUCCGAUGAGAUGCGCCCAGCUAAUGACCCGAAGGAGCGAGCUCCUGUCAGAGUCAGGAUGCUCAAUGAUGUCCUACAAAGCUUGGAGAAAAGCUUCCUGGUUCAUCGAGCUCCACCAGGACUUUACAGAAAUAUUCUUUACAGACUAGAUGAAAGGACAAGCCAGUUUUCAGUACUGCUAGAGGCACUGGAGCACUGCAAACUACAUCAGUCAAAUGAGACCAUUCAAGCAGCCUUGUCAGAGGUGCUGAACACCAUCAAUUCAGCUCAGGCUUACUUCAAAGCAGGACUGGAUGUGUUUGAGGCUACCUUAGCUGGAAAGAAAUGAGAGGAUUCUCUGCAUUCUAAGAUGCUUGUUUACAGCUUGCUAAACAAAAGUUCGACUUGGACCAGAAUUUCUCUGAGGAUGAAACCUUUCUCAACUUUUCUUUCAGUUGAUGCUUAAAGGUACCACAAUGCAUGUUUUUAUAAAUAUGAAACAGUCUUUUGAACUGUUGACAGCAUAUCUCAAAUGUCUGUUUCUGAAUGUAUAA